GCCGAUGAUGAUGAUGAUGAUGACGACGAUGACGAUGAUUCUGAUGACAAGGCAGACAAAAUCAAGAAUCCGAACUCUCUGCAGAGUGGCAAGUGGCAGAUGGGACUCCAAGCCAUGUCCUUUGACCUCUACGCCAAGUACGGUAACAACCGCACGCUGAGCCUGGUGAGCCCCAAGAAGCCCUACUACCAGUGGCGGCUGCGGGUGCCCUCGGGUCACGUGGUGCGGCUGGUGGUGCUCACCCUGCAGGGCGCCACGCCAGGCAGCUGCUCCGCACACAAGCUCUCCGCCUACGACUUCCUGCUCCCGCUGCAGAACAAGAUCAUCGCCAGGUGGUGUGGCCUGCCAGUGUCCGGGUCAUCGCCCGUAAUGAAGCUGACCUCAUCUGGAAACGUGAUGCUGGUCACCUUCUCCUUCAGUAGGCAGCGACAUGGAGCCAUCUUCAAAGCCUACUUCCAAGCCGUGCCUAAAGAAGACUGUGGAGGCUUCAUCUCGUCGUGGAACGGUUCGUUGACCUCACCGUAUUUUCCAGCGAACUACGCACCAAACAUGGACUGCAGCUGGAAACUAAGGACGCCGUUCCCUGGUUACCUGCUCUCCAUAACCAUUGUGAUGCUGGACAUUCAGGACUCGCCAGCCACCAGCGGCUGUGAGAAAGACUGGCUGGAAAUCAACGGGGUCCGGCUGUGCAACCCCAUUGUGGACAGCAGCCGGAAGCGGAUCUACUCCUCCCCAGUGCUGCUGCACUUUCGCUCCGACGAGUCGCUCACCCACAAGGGCUUUCAGCUGCUGUUCCGCGCCUUCUCCCCCGAGACCACCUGCCCUAGACAGUUCCGCUGUGGUGAUGGGCAGUGUAUCCCCCUGAAGAAGGUGUGUGAUGGGGAGAGGGACUGCAGAGAUGGGCGGGAUGAGACUAAGUGUUCCACCUGCAGGCCAGGUGAGGUGUACUGCGGGAAUGGGCAGUGCAAACCUCACGGCAGUCAGUGUGGCUCCCAGGCCGGCUGUGGAGACAGCAGCGAGGAGAACAACUGUGCAGGGAAAUGCUACCACAUGUGUCCCAAUAAGGUGUGUAUCACAAAAGCCUCGGUGUGUGAUGGAGUGAUCGACUGCAAGGAUAGGAGUGAUGAGCUCAACUGUACAAGAGCCUUCCAUAAAGGCUGUUCCCCUUCAUCCUACAAGUGUGCCAAUGGGAAGUGUGUGAACAAGAUGAACCCAGAGUGUGACGGAAUCAAAGACUGCAAAGACGGCUCGGACGAGAUGCGCUGCGUCUGCGGUACGCGGCCCAGGAAGAAGGCGAAGAUCGUGGGCGGCGCGGACGCUCAGACGGGCUCCUGGCCAUGGCAGGUCAGUCUGCAGAUGGAGCGCUAUGGCCACGUGUGCGGCGCCUCGCUGGUGUCCAGCCGAUGGCUGCUCUCCGCCGCCCACUGCUUCCAGGACUCGGACGCCAUCAAAUACUCCGAUGCCCGCUCCUGGCGUGCCUACAUGGGCAUGCGCGUCAUGAACACGGCGAGCAACGCCGCCGCCACCCGCCAGCUCCGCCGCAUCCUGCAGCACCCCCAGUACGACCAGUUCACGUCCGACUACGACAUCGCCCUGCUGGAGCUCAGCGCCCCCGUCUUCUUCAACGAGUUGGUUCAGCCCGUCUGCGUGCCAGCGCCCACCCACUCCUUCAGCUCAGGGACCAGCUGCUUCGUCACGGGCUGGGGGGUGCUCACCGAGGAUGGUGAGCUGGCUUCACUACUGCAAGAGGCCACCGUGAACAUCAUCAACCGAAACGUUUGCAACAAGCUCUACGACGACGCUGUCACUUCCAGGAUGCUUUGCGCUGGCAACAUGCAAGGAGGCGUAGAUGCAUGUCAGGGUGAUUCAGGUGGCCCACUGGUGUGUCUGGAGAAGGGCCGGCGUUGGUUUCUGGCCGGCAUCGUGAGCUGGGGAGAGGGCUGCGCCCGGCAGAACCGUCCAGGAGUUUACACGCAGGUCACUAAGUUCACAGACUGGAUCCAUCAGCAGACUAAAGGCCAGGUGUAA